AUCGAUUUUAGUGCCAGCUCUAGAGUGUCAGCCACAGCUGUUCAUAUUUUCAUAGAACUUAAUAUUUUCAACAAAAUCAAAUUAAUAAAGCUAAACUAAAGGUAUUUGCUUGACAUUUUUAAUAUGCCAAAGGUGCGUCGCAGUCGCAAGCCCCCGCCAGAUGGCUGGGAGCUCAUAGAGCCCACUUUGGAGGAACUUGAGCAAAAAAUGCGGGAGGCUGAGACUGAGCCGCACGAGGGCAAGCGUAUCACGGAAUCAUUAUGGCCAAUUUUCAAGAUCCACCACCAGAAGACGCGCUACAUAUACGAUUUGUUCUAUCGCCGGAAGGCAAUUAGCCGGGAACUGUACGACUAUUGCCUAAAGGAAAAGAUCGCCGAUGGCAACCUUAUUGCCAAGUGGAAGAAGUCUGGAUACGAGAACCUUUGCUGUCUGCGCUGCAUUCAAACGAGGGACACCAAUUUCGGCACCAAUUGCAUCUGUCGCGUGCCGAAAUCGAAGCUGGAGGAGGGUCGCAUUGUCGAGUGCGUCCACUGUGGGUGCCGCGGAUGCUCUGGAUAGAUGAUAUCCCGAUAAGGUCCAUCAUCUUCAGUCAACGUAGCUCGGUAGUUUCCAUUUACAGUUUGAAAUUAGUUUGUAAAUACAUUUUAUACAACAAAACAGAACAUAAGGGCUAAGAAAACAAACGAAUAAAAAGGUCUCUGUAAAGCCAUUGGAA